UUGUAUCGAUCGCAAAAAUGGCUCUCAAUAAACUCAGCAUUGAAAACGUCGAUCUGAAGGGCAAACGUGUGUUUAUGCGUGUUGAUUUUAACGUUCCAAUCAAGGAAGGUAAAAUUACCAGCAAUCAGCGUAUUGUGGCCGCCCUCGAUAGCAUCAAGUUUGCGCUCGAGAAGGGAGCCAAAUCGGUGGUACUGGCGUCUCAUCUCGGACGUCCGGAUGGUAACAAAAACGCCAAGUACACGCUCGCUCCGGUUGCGGACGAGCUGAAGAAGCUGCUCGGGCGUGAUGUAACGUUCCUGAGCGAUUGUGUCGGCGCUGAGGUGGAAGCGGCCUGCAAGGAUCCGGCGGCCGGUUCGGUUAUUCUGCUGGAAAAUGUUCGCUUUUACGUUGAGGAGGAGGGCAAGGGUGUAGAUGCUAGUGGCAAUAAGGUCAAAGCCGACAAAGAUAAGGUGAAAACAUUCCGUGAAAGUUUGGCCAAGCUGGGCGAUGUGUACGUGAACGAUGCGUUCGGUACGGCUCACCGUGCGCACAGCUCGAUGAUGGGCGAAGGUUACAGUCAGCGGGCGGCCGGUCUGUUGCUAAACAAGGAGCUGCGCUACUUCUCGCAAGCCCUCGACAACCCACCGCGUCCAUUCCUGGCCAUUCUGGGCGGUGCGAAGGUAGCCGACAAGAUACAGCUGAUCGAGAACCUGCUGGACAAGGUGAACGAGAUGAUCAUCGGUGGUGGUAUGGCGUUCACCUUCCUGAAGGUGUUGAACAACAUGGAAAUUGGCGCUUCCCUGUUCGAUGCCGAAGGUGCCAAGAUCGUACAGAACCUUGUCGACAAGGCAAAGAAGAACAAUGUGCAGCUGCAUCUACCGGUCGACUUUGUGACGGGCGAUAAGUUUGCGGAGGAUGCGGCCACCGGUACGGCCACGGUGGAGGGUGGCAUCCCUGCCGGCCAUCUGGGGUUGGACAUUGGACCGAAAACGCGCGAAGCAUUCGCGGCCCCGAUCGCACGAUCCAAGAUUAUCGUCUGGAACGGUCCGCCCGGUGUGUUCGAAUUUCCGAACUUUGCCAACGGUACGAAGUCGCUGAUGGAUGGCGUUGUUGCUGCUACGAAGGCGGGCACGGUAUCGAUUAUUGGUGGCGGUGAUACGGCUUCGUGCUGUGCCAAGUGGGGCACCGAAUCGGAGGUUUCGCACGUAUCGACCGGUGGCGGUGCGUCGCUCGAGCUGCUCGAGGGCAAGGUGCUGCCGGGUGUGGACGCACUCAGCAGUGCGUAAAGCGGACACUAUUCAUUAAGCAUACUCAAGUCCCUGUG